GUCUGAAAUGUCAUCUAGUCAUACACGGUGGCCUUGUGUUCGGCGUGCCGCUCCCUAGAUCCAACGGACAGAGGAUUGGUUGAUUGGACGCUCAGCCACGCGAGUCCAAGGCACCAUGCAGACACUGAUUGGAGAAUCGAGCCAUGCGACCGCCUUGACAAAGAUCUCCGACGUCGUGCUCGAUGUCACACGAGAAGCAGGCGUCGGCGUCAACCUCACAUUACAUCCCUUGCCGAUUUUGAAUGUAUCGGAGCAUGUGACGCGGGCACGUGCACAAAUGGGCACCGACAAUGUCAGCGUAUAUGGCGUGCUUCUCGGAACGCAAAGUGGGAGAAACGUGGAGAUACACAAUGCGUUCGAGAUGCGCGUAGAUCCCGCGGCACCUGGUGCGCCCGCAGGUGGUUUGCAGGUGAAUCACAACUUUCUCAAAUCCAGGCAAUCCCAAUUCAAACAAGUCUUUCCUACGCUCGAUUUUCUGGGCUGGUACAGCGUCGGCCCGGUGCCGACGCUACAGGAUGUGCAGAUCCAUCAGCAACUCCUCGGAUACAACGAAGCGCCGAUCUUCCUCCAACUUUCGCCGACGAACACACGAGUAGCAGAGGCCGCAGCCUCGGGCGAGCUGCCGCUGAGCACGUACGAAUCAACUGUUGAGAUUGUCCAUGGAGAGACAAAGAUGUUCUUUGUGCCUACUGGCUACCGGAUCGAUACAGGCGAAGCGGAACGCGUGGCUGUCGACUUUGCCAGCAGGCCGGCCGAGUCUGGGAAUGAUGCUGCUGCAUCCAGUUCACUUCUGGGGAACCUAAAGUCGUCCUACAAUGCAAUACGCAUGCUCGCCGAUCGGAUCAAGGCACUCAAUGGCUACGUCCAGUCCGUGCACAACGCCGCACCAAGCGACGGGAGCACUCUUGCAGAGAUUGACACUGCGAAUGCUACUACCAUUGACCAUGAGACACUGCGGCAGAUUGCGGCAUUAUGCGCUUCCAUCGCGCCCUCAAGCGAGGGGCAAAGCUUGAACGCUGAAUUGCUAACCGAGUACCAUGAUGUGUUCCUCACCAACCAGUUGACAUGCUUGACCUCAGGACUGAACAGCUUAAACGAGCUCGUCGACAAGUUCGACUUUGUCUCACAGCCUGGAAAGCGCGAGGCCGGCCUCCCUCCGCGUAGCUUCCGCUUGCGAUGAGGAGAAUCCUUUGUACCCCACUCGCCUCCGCCGGAGAGCCCUAUUGAGUUGUUCAAUCAUUUUCCCACUACAACACUGUAUCAUACAUGAAACUUCAACAGCACGGCAUCAUACUUGG